UCGGACAGGGAAGUGUCCUAACUUCUCAGAGCAGGUGUCUUCGGAGGAGCUCACUGGAGGCGUGAGGAGGGGACAUUUCACACAGGCUACUGCAUUUCCCUCUUUAUACCUCCUUGCGUAGCAGAUGUUGGCAAAAAUGGUUUCUAAGUUGACCUCUCUGCAACAGGAGCUUCUGAGCGCCUUGUUGGACUCUGGGGUUACUAAAGAUGUGCUUCUGCAAGCGUUGGAGGACCUGGACCCGAGCCCGAGCGCUUUUGGAGUUAAACUGGACAGUCUGCAGAUGUCCCCCUCCGGCUCUAAACUCAGUGACACGGAUACAAAGCCGGUGUUUCACACGCUGACCAAUGGACACGGUAAAGGGAAGUUAUCAGGGGAUGAGGGCUCAGAGGACGGGGAUGAUUUCGAUACCCCUCCGAUCCUGAAAGAGCUGCAGUCUCAAAACACGGAGGAAGCCGCGGAGCAGAGGGCAGAAAUCGAGCGGAUGUUGGCGGAGGACCCGUGGCGCGCGGCCCGCAUGAUCAAAGGCUACAUGCUGCAGCACAAUAUUCCUCAGCGCGAGGUGGUGGAUGUAACAGGCCUCAAUCAGUCGCACCUGUCGCAGCAUCUGAAUAAAGGCACGCCUAUGAAAAUGCAGAAACGCGCGGCGCUCUACACCUGGUACGUCCGGAAACAGCGGGAGAUCUUGCGACAAUUCAACCAGGCUUCGCAAGGCUCUGUCAGCAACAUGUCCGACAGAGCCAACCAGGAUCAGGUGCUACUUUUUUUUUCUGAGUUCAGUCAGUCUGGACAGGGCAUGGGGAUGGGGCAGUCAGGGGACGAUGCUGGCAUUGAACCUGCAUGCAAGAAAAUGAGACGCAACCGCUUCAAAUGGGGGCCUGCAUCCCAACAGAUCCUUUACCAGGCUUACGAUCGACAAAAGAACCCCAGCAAAGAGGAGAGGGAGGCACUGGUGGAGGAGUGCAACCGAGCUGAAUGCCUCCAGAGAGGAGUAUCACCUUCUAAAUCUCACGGGCUUGGCUCCAACCUGGUCACAGAGGUGCGAGUCUACAACUGGUUUGCCAACAGGAGAAAGGAAGAGGCCUUUAGACAAAAACUGGCUAUGGAUGCAUAUAGUGGGCCAACACACAAUCUGAACUCCCUUCUUGCACACAGUUCCCCACAUCACCCACAAACCAGCAACUCCCCACCAAGUAAGAUGCAAGGUGUCCGGUACAGCCAGCAAGGUCCGGGUGAAGUCAGUUCCUCCACAACGAUCAACCCACACAGCAGCAAUGCCUUGUCAACCAGCCAGUCAGUGUUACAGCAGGUCUCUCCGGGGGCUCUGGACCCCAGCCACAGCCUCCUGUCACCUGAUGCCAAGAUGAUCUCAGUUUCAGGUGGAGGUCUUCCUCCAGUCAGCACCCUGACCAACAUCCAUGCAUCCCACCAUGUGCACCAACAGACCCCCAACCUCUUAAUGCCCAUUUCUGGAGUCAUGGCCAUUGCACAAAGUUUGAACACGUCGCAGGCACAGACGGUUCCUGUCAUCAACAGCAUUGCAGGCAGUCUGGCAGCAUUGCAGCCGGUGCAGUUCUCGCAGCAGAUGAAUGUCUCACACCAGCAGCUCAUGCAACAGUCACCUGGCCACAUGAACCAGCAACCCUUCAUGGCCUCUGUUUCACACUCACACAUGUACCCACACAAGCAGGAGCCGCCCCAUUAUUCUCACUCGUCUCGGUUUCCCCCUGCCAUGGUGGUGACAGACGCCAACAGCCUCAGUACGCUGAGCUCAAUGUCCUCCAGCAAACAGUGUCCGCUUCAGGCCUGGUGAGCACCUGACUUCCUUGACGCCAAGAACAUCGUCCCCACCACCAUUCCCACUCAUCGCGCCCGUAUCUGUGGAAACCAAUAACAAGUGCAAGCAAGCGGCACACUGGAUGAAGAUUGAGUCAAGAAACCAGGGGAUGCAGGACUGACGAGAACGGACUCUGUUAGGUACACACUUUCGUGACAGUAUUGAGGAACACGGGUGAUCCUGAAGAACAAACCAAUAGGAAACACAAGACAAAGCUACAGAUUCAAGGAGAAGAAAGACCUGGAAUAAGAACCAUGUGUUCAGUGAAGCCAUUCUAGUAGAACUGUGUGGAUACAGUGACAAUCAGCCAAAGUUAGAAGCAUCUGUAGGAGUUUCUGUAACGUGUAACUGAUGCAAAGACAACUUCCGUGAGAUCUGACAAUGCUUAGACAAUGUUCUGUACAGUUGAAUUUAAAUACAAGCAACUAUAAUAGCAUUAGUAUGAAGGAUGUAAAUAUUCGAUUGUCCAUGUGGUGCGCUGUUUUAUCGAUCUAAACUGUGAUUCACGACGUGACAAUCUAUGGAACAGGUAUGACGUAUUGGAAUAUGCAAUUUCAGACUUUUUUUGACUACUUUGUUGACGUCAAUUCUGAAAACGUGAGAUAAAUGUUAAAGCAAAACCUGAACCUAUUGAUCUCCCUGCAAGCCUGGUUUUAAAAUAGACGCCACUGUCAAUGUUGACUAUUAGCAUUAGUGUCGUCAGAUAGAUAAGAGUCAUCUUUCUGUGCCAGGACAUCCACGGUAUGCCAGAAGAAGUGGAUUUAAGAUACGGUCGAUUCAGAGAAACAGAUAACCUCAUCCGCAUAGCUGCUCACCAUCUUUGCGAUAUCGACAGGAACGACUAUGAAUCAUGACGUGCCUUUCUAAUCUAAAUACUGACUUACAAUCAAAAUCUCAUUGUCAUCGUGGAGAGAUACUGAAAAGAGCGCCCUGUUGAAUUGGUCAGCGGAAUGGUUAUCAGUAGGUUUUUCAAUAAAAGUUGGGAAAUUGAGCCCAUUUGCCAUUUUAAACAGUAUUAGCUGCUCAUACCACUCUGAACUACCAGGACGCAUUGUGAAAUAGCUUUUAUUGUGGCUCUUGACUUUGUUUUUUUCACAUUUGCUGGCAUGCAUUUCAUAUCUGACAUUGUCAUUUUGGUAAACUGAAGAAACUAGUGCACAUGUCCCCGUCUAAGAGUUUGAAUACUUGUCAAAAGGUCACUUCAAUGUUUGUUUUUAAUGUUGUUGACUAUGUUCCCACUGCCAGUUGACCUGAGGUUACAGUGCUGGUUUAUUCUCUGGAUUUAUACUAAAUGUGAUUCUCUCCACAUUGUAUUAUUUUUGUAUAAAAUGAAAUCAGUCUUUUAAAAUCAUUAUUUAUGCUUUACGAAAAAAAGUUUCAAGUAAAGUUUUUUUUUUUCUCAAGAUUGAGAAUUGCGGUCUGU